AUGGCAGGUCCAGAAACUAAUGCCCAAUUCCAUUUCACUGGCAUCAAAAAAUAUUUCAACUCUUAUACUCUCACAGGUAGAAUGAAUUGUCUAUUGGCCACAUAUGGAGGCAUUGCUUUGAUGAUUUUAUACUUCAAAUUAAGGUCUAAAAAAACACCAGUUGUGAAAGCAACAUAAAUGGACUUUAAC